AUGGCGUCGCCCACCCGGGGAGCCGUGAGGCGCCUGAACGAGGGGAACUGCUGUGGACCGGUCAACCUACAGAUCACCUCCCUGUCCAAGAGUGGCGACGGCAAAUACGCGCACACGUGCACAGACGGACUGGAGAGCAUAUGCGGGGUGCUUGCCACGCAGUUGUCGCCGCUGGCGGAUGCAGGCAGUCUCAUUUGCAUGAAAUCCUAUGUUGCAAACAAGAUAGAAGGCGUGAUGAAGCUCAUCAUCACUGAGCUUGAAGUGCUGUCCAAGAGCUGGAAGGUGGAGGAGCAGCUGGAGGUCAAAACAGCAGUCGACGACCCGAUGUCCGGCGUUGAGGAGUCGUCUCCUCCCGAAUCGUCUGGCAAUGGGGACCGCCCAGCUCUUAGCCCCAUCCAGGCCCUGAAUCCCUACAGCACCCAGUGGAGCAUUCGUGCCAAGGUGCAGCACAAGUGGCCAAAGAACAGUUUCGUUCCACGUGGCCAGUCAAGCCCUGUUAGCGUCUUUAAUGUGGAGCUGAUCGAUGACCAGGGCACACAAGUAGAGGGUUCAUUCUGGAGGGAAAUGGCUGACAAGUACUACGACAACUUGGAGGAAGGCAAGGUGUACUACUUUAGCAAGUUCACUGUGAAACCUGCAAACAAGAAUUACGCCACAGUGAACAACGACUACAGCCUCAACUUCGGGCCCAGGUCGGAGGUUGUCCUGUGCGAAGAUCAGGACACAACAAACAUGAAAGAGCAGCUCCAGGCAACCCGGAUUUCGGAGCUUCCGAAGUAUCUGAAUCGGAAGGUGCCUGUCACUGUGAUGGGGGUGGUGACCAGCGUGGGUGCCAUCGGGACAGUGAAGCGCAAGGCGGACAGCAGCGAAGUGGUGCGGAGGGACAUUACAAUUGUGGACCAGAGCCUCCGGAGCGUGGAUGUGACGUGCUGGGGCAAGCUGGCCGACGACAACGUCCGCGCCAUCGAGGCCCUGAUGGGGCAGGCCCCCGUCGCGGUCGUCAGCUCCUGCCGCGUCACCACGUUCAGCGGCCUGGCGCUCACCACCCUGUCGCGCAGCUCCGUGUCCAUUAACCCGGACAGCAAGGAGGCGCGGGAGCUGAAGGAUUGGUACCAGAGGGAAGGCAGCGGACAGCCCGUGGUGCCCAUCGGAGAGGGCCUUGAGGGCGUCAAAGCCGGGGCCGGGUCCGGGGGCAGCUCCGAGCGGAGGCUUCUCCGCGACUUCCAUCCCUCUUCUGACAACCUUCCCUCCCCCGACGCCAAGCCCGAGUACUGCACCACAAGCGCCACGGUGGUGCACAUCAACCCCGACCAGAACCUGUACUACCUCGCCAACCCGGAGAACAACAGGAAGGUCGUGGAGCAGGGCGGCAGGUACUACUGUGAGUUCGACCAGAAGUACUGCGACCGGGCGGUGCAGCGGUACGUGAUGCUGAUGAAGGUCAGCGACCAGAGCGGGGAGUGCUUCCUUAACGCCUUCAACGAUCAGGCCGAGCAGAUCAUAGGCGUUCCCGCGGAGGAGAUGGCCAAGCUGCGCACCAGCGAACCCUCGCGGUUCAACGCCCUCCUCAAGCGAGCACAGUGGCAGGAGCUGGUCGUCCGCGUGUGCAGCCGGGCGCGCGAGCUGCCGCAGGGAGACGUCAGGAUGAGACACACGGUUCAGAACCUGGUGCCCCUGGACUUCGCCGCGGAGUGUCGAUUAAUGCUGCAAGGCAUCCAUAAGCGCAUGGCGGCCAAGGCGUAG